AUGGCAGAACCGGAGACAACUGCAGCUGCAUCCAUUUCCUCCCAAAAGGAUUUGGACACUGAAAUGGAACAAUUGGCUGCUCUGAGAGCUGAACUUGAAAGGGUAAAUGUUGAGAAUGUCAGAUUCAGAAAUAGAGAGCUGGUGCCUCUACAGGAGAAAGUCGCUGAUACUUCCUUUACUUCUCUGAAAAAGGAAAUGGAUGAUCAUGUCAAGGGUAUUCACUCUCGGAUGGACAAGAUUGAUAAGAACCAGGAGCUCUUUGUUGAUCACUUGAAGAUUUCUAAGUCUACAACUCCGUCCACUCCAGAGGAUCCCUCAACUAAGGGGGAGAAGGAUAAGGAAGACAAAGAUGAUAACAGCAAUGCUGAUGCUGAUAGGAGUAAUAAGGAUGGAGAAGGAAAUGCUGAUAGGAGUAAUAAGGAUGGAGAAGGUGCAAGUGGAAAAGAUUCUUCAGCAGCUGACAAAGAUUAUGAUAAGUCAAAAGGCAAAAUGCCUGAAUCUGAGAACAUCUUCACUAAUCAGGAUUAUGAUAACAUUCCUAAAGAUGUUAAUGAUGAUGAUGCAUUUGAUGCUGCUUAUUUUGAAGCUGAGGAAGAAGGUCGUUUCGAGGAAAGCUUUCUCUACACUGAAGAUCAGUCUGUGGACCCUGAGCACUUGGAAAGGGUCAGAAAGUUUAAAGCUGAACAUGAAGAUAGCAAAGCAAGGCUUCAGGAAUUACAGAAACUGGUGGAUGAGAAGAGGACAACUGAUGAGUUGGUCAAGCUGGAGAAACAGAAGCUAUGGGAUGCUAAGUGCAAGAAGAAGAGAGAAGAUAUCUCCAGAAAAGUUGGUGAAAACUAG